AUGCGAUCCAAGUUCAAGGACGAGCACCCCUUCGAGAAGCGAAAGGCUGAGGCCGAGCGCAUCCGCCAGAAAUAUGCCGACAGGAUCCCUGUCAUCUGCGAGAAGGUCGAGAAGUCCGAUAUCGCCACCAUCGACAAGAAGAAGUACUUAGUGCCGGCCGACCUCACCGUGGGACAGUUUGUUUAUGUGAUCCGCAAGCGCAUAAAGCUCUCCCCCGAGAAGGCUAUCUUUAUCUUCGUUGAUGAGGUCCUACCUCCAACUGCUGCGCUCAUGAGCAGCAUCUAUGAAGAGCACAAGGACGAAGAUGGCUUCUUGUACAUCACAUACUCGGGCGAGAACACUUUCGGUGACCUGUAG